UUCCCCCUACGCACCGCUGUUAGGACAGCAAGGAGUGGAGGGAGAGGAGGGAGAUGGCUGGAUGGAGAUCCCAGCAGAGAGGGAUGUGACGACCGGCCAGAGCGAGCGACCUUUCCCGCAGCCUGACUUCAACGCUGCUGCCGAUGAGCCUGGCCCAAGUCGUCCGAGCAAGUAACCAUGGCAGGCAUUGCAGCUGUCUUGCAGGAGCAACUGCGUCUUCAGCUCUCACCUGUCACCUCCGCGGUGGACUGUAUAAAAAAGGAGUUCACGAGGAUGGAUGGCAACCUCACGGACCUGAACACAACUUUAUCCUGAAGGGCAUGAAUAUGACAGAUGUGCGGGUGGAAAAGCUUGAGCAUUUGUUCGAAGAGACUGGUAGGAAUCCCAACCUCGCCAACGAUGCCUUAGACACCAACAUCCGCGAGUACGUUCAGGAGUACAUGGCGAACCAACCAAACUAUACACACAACGCAGCUCAACCGGAUUACGCGGGGACGCAGCACACCCAUACCGACAAGCGCAUGUUAACAACAAUUAUCGGUAAUUUGGACGGCCUCGACGAUUUAGUCUCGGCCACGACCUGGCUCCAGGACAAGAUCGAGGCCAUGAGCGGGCCACGACCUUCUAAGGUUUAUGCCAAGGGGCAAUACAAGGGUAUCAUUGUUGCAGAGUUCAGAGACCCUGGGGUUCGAGAUCUUUGUGUCGAGCUUCUCCGACGUGCUGGGCUGAAGUGUGGUACCAAGCAAGUGUGGGCCAGCCAAGAUCGUGAACCUUUCGAUCGCGCUGCUCGGAGUCCUUGCUUUGGUUUGAAGCGGUUGUUCAGGACCGAGUGGUCGAUCUCCGACACGGUGAGUGUCACGGAGGACCUCCCAUAUACCAUCACGGCCGGCGGGGAGGAGGCGGUCACGGUGCACGUAGAAUCAUACAUUCGGAAGUGCGAGUGGCAUUGGGAAUUGGAAUCGUGACAGGCUCUGCAAAACCAUCCAGCCGUCAAGGAAUCGAAGAAGAAGGCCAAUGACGUCGUGACCCGCGCCACCUCGGGCAUGAAGGGCUCGGUCAAAGGCAGCGCCAAGGGGAUGGCAAAAGGUGUCCCUGGGCGCCUUGGGGAAAAGGAAAUGGCCCCCGGUGAUGUCUCACCAGCAUUGGCAGUCGGCACGAUUGCCGUUAUGAGCUCAAAUCGAUUGCGAAUUCAACGUGUGCGUGCACAUACUCAUGCAGUCUACCAGCCCGCACUGGACGUGGAGACCCUGGUCUUCGAGGUGGGCCGCCGCAUCCAUGCAGACACCAUGCCAGCGGUGUUGGUGACCCUGUAGUUCGAGGAGGCCAGUUGCAACCUACGGAAAUUCGCACUCCUGAGUUUGACGAAGCUGCGGCUCCUGAACAUGGACGGCUUGAUCUCUAUCUGAAUUCUUGCUCUUCUCAUCCAGGGCGCGAAUACAGCGACAUUGGUGCAGACCAAGACCUAGGAGAGUUUCGUUCUCGAGCCCAUGAGUCUUCCUGGGGGAGGCCGAGGCGCGCAUCCCAACCAUGCAGAUUACAGCGCAUAGGAACAUGGAACGUUCAGGGUAUCCGCGGCAAUUCUGCCAUCAAGGUCGACGGGCUGCUGAAGACCAUGGUGGAACAAACAAUGGAUAUUAUAUAUUCAAGAGACAUAUCAAUCCCCCCGGAUUCUAUACGCGAGACGGUUUCUCUGUACUCUUGUCUCGGAGUGUGCACAUGUAUGACAGAUAUUAUGCUGGUGUUGGCUUUAUUGUGUCACCUCGAGUGCGCCCCGCAGUUGUUGCACUCAAGGCGCGCGGUGAUCGAAUAUGCAUGAUUCGAUUGAAGCGCAUGGCGGUGCACUUGCCGUAUUAUCUGUUAGUGCCCCAUUGAGCGGCAUCGAACAUGAAGCGAGGCAGCGAUUUUCCCAUGCACUUCAAGGUGCGUUUCGCCUUAUGAUCAGGCAUGCCACUGCGUAUACUCUUGGGGGCUUCAAAGCCAUCCUUGGUCGAGUUCGCGUUGG